AUGUCGAGCUUAUCGGAAGCCUGCAUCUACGACUGGGAUUUGGAGCGAAUGCUCAUGUGGCUGAGAGAGGUGUGUAUUAAUUUAGCCUGCCUAUAAUUUCAAGUGCAUACGGUUUGGUAUCAUAAACGACUAGUUAUAAGCAUGAUGUUGGCCUACAAGCUUGUUCUAGCUAUUGUGGUCUCCAAUAUCGAUCUUUGAAUGAAUUACUCCUGUCGAAAAUGGCUGCUAUAUUGGAGGUUAAGUCCGCUGAAAGCGUUUAGCCGCUCAUCAGUCGGGUAAACCGCGGUGAAAUCAUUCGCUUGUGUUGCGGAUUCAUUGCACGAAUACCAAGGAUCAUGGUCCGCUAAUGUCUGCUGGUCCGCUUUGACGACCUCCAAAGAUAGUUGUCGUUUAACCACAUCUGUGUGAAUAAUGUUCCGUGCGAGAGCACAUACUUGGUUUUCAACUUGCCUGGUACGUAACUAUCUUACGAAAUCAAAUGAAAAUCGAGUCGUGUCUUACGAAAUCAGAUGAAAUCUGGAAAGUAAUAAGACAUCCAUCGUAAUUUAAAUUAACUUUUCCUUAGGGAUAAUUCAGAACACAUAGAAUUAAAGCGCAGGUCAUGUCGAAAGGGCACAAAUGCUUUUCGCGUAGCUGAAGUCUCGGAUCAAUACUAGCACGUAACUGCAUUACGAAUGUUACGGACAGCCUACCUACACUGAAUUUAGACUAUGGCACGGGAAGGGAUGACAACGGAGAUAUUUUUUACAUGGUAGAGGAUUCUCGUCUGCUCACAGAUGGAGCUCAUCAAAACGUCUCGCAAGGUUUUUGUUAGAAUACUCAAUUUUAACAUUAAUAGGCCAUGCAAUACAGCUGUAUUUUCGUUGCAACUUUACUAUUUGAUGACCGAUCUCAUUAUCAGCCCUUCAGGCAUUUAUUAGUAAUAUUUUUAAUAGCAUUAGUUCUGAAGGAAACAAAGAAGGCAUUUAGCCGAACCUUUGAUUUGAAUUUUCUAUAGACAGCUGGUUCGACUUGUUUUUAAAUGCCUACAUUAGCGAAAGGAUAUGUUACGUUUUGAAAUACUUGUUACGGUUCUAAGAGUAUUUGAUUUGAAAUGACUAAUGUGAAAAUCAAGACUGUGCUUGAUUUGCAACACAAAUUUAUGUAAAAAAUCCCUUUCAUCUUUCACUUACAUGCACCAAAAAAACCAGCUUCAGCACAUUUGAGAGUUUUAGAAUAACCACUGAAUAUCGCUGUUUAAUGUACCAAAAUUUUCUAAAAAUACUGUAGUUGUGGGAAUUUCAGAAGUUUUUCGUACUACACGGCAAAAUCAAUACUUAAUUUUAAAAAUUUAAGAAGCAGCAUGAUAUUAGUACUGAAAAUUACUUUCAUGUAAAAUUAUUUUACAUUUUUUAAUUACGUUACUACUGGCCUUUCUUGAAACCUUUGUCUUAUAUGCUUUUAAUGACUUAAAUGAUUGUAAAAAUAAUAUUUUCAAUGGUCAUCAACAUGUUUUGUUGACAUUAAAGAUUCUGUUGUAGCAUUCUUUGUGUGAUGUAAGCAUGGAAUUCAUUUGACCAAAGAUGACUUACAAGUGAUUGUGAUCAUAUGGUGGAAUAAUGCAUUUUAUAUGUAGAGAAACUGUGAAUGUGUGAGACGGUUGGAAUCCUUAAGAUAGAGCUGUUUCACAAUAAUGAUAUUGUGCAAGUCAUGUAUAAUGAUUAUUAUUCUAAUUAUUCUUGUCACCAUAAUUGGAAAAUUUUGUCAGAGGAGAUUAAGUUAAUUCUUUUCCAUCUUUGAGAUUAAAAGUGCUCUUUAAAAUUUUAAUGAAUUAUCAACUUACUGUGACAAAUAAUUGCUAUCAUGUUUCUUUUUGUUAGAACAUAAUUCCUUGCAGGCUAUUUGACAAUACAUGUUACUGCAGUUGUAAAUGCACUGGACUGUAAUGUUAGAGCAGUUUGUGAAGGGAUAUUUCUUGGGACAUGCUGACAAUGGUUUACUCACCUUGUUAUUUUAUGGACCAGAAAAAUAAUAAUUAUGUUUCUUGGAUUAUGGAUUGAAUCAUACUUAGUAAACAUUACAACUGGUAUACUUAUAGCUUUUACUUACUACCCUUACAGGAGAAUCUUCAUGACUGUGUUCAGCCUUUCUCUUUCAAAAAGAUAAAUGGAAUACAAUUUAUGGUAGGUUGAUUUUCCUGCUUCUUUACUAACAAACCUGUAAAAAUAUUAUAUAAGGAAAGAUAACAAUGUAACCCAUAAUUACAAAUCAUAAAAUGUGUUAUAGGAAAAGAGGGUAACUUGUAACAUGCAGUAAAGCCAUGGUAACUUAGAUUUUGAAGGGAAACGAAGAAUGGUUCCAGUCAGUGGGAGUUCUAGUUAUCGGGAGUGGUUUUCAAGAAAUCAUGUUUUUACCAUUCUUGCACAAUCGCUGUCAAUUUUUUUUUACAUUAAGUUAGUUUCAUAAGAGCUUAUUGAUAGGAAAGUGUAGUUUAGGAAGUUUAGCUGAAUGUAACGAGCUUUCAUAACUGUUGGCAUGUUUGUAUCAAUUGGGGUUAACCAUCGUAAUUUGUCAAUCAGCUAUGUUCAGACACUUGAGCCUUUAUAGGAGAAAUUUGAGACAAAGGAAAGUAAAAUUAGUUUGAGUCAAUGGAUGAUUCAAAUUAAUGGAGUUUGAGUCAGCUGGUAGCAAAUGGCAGAAAACAUGGGGUCAAUUCUAGGGGAAAUUGCAUUUUUUUUCGAGUUCACUGAGUUUAAGGUAGCACUCCAGGGUUCUACUGUACAAUGUAUAUUUCAAGCUCUUGCUAAAAGUGUCUUAUGUAAAUUUUGUGGACAUUGAUUUUGUUACUAACCUUAAACUUUCAGAAUUUAUCAGAUAAUGAUAUCAAGUCUCUGCGCAUCUCACAAGAAAGCAAAAGGUAAUUUAUUCCACUUUUGUUAUCAUUAUUUGUUGUUUGAUGGUUUAUAAUUGAGUUAUUAAUGCAGUAUUAAUUUUUUUGUUUCAGAAAACUGGCAAAAGUGCUGAAAAGAAUCAAGGGAAAGAGACAAAGUGCCCGUAAAAGGUGGUUAUACUUUAAUAACCCUUUAACUUCCACGAGUGACCAAGACAGAAUUUCUCAUUACAACAUCAAUGCAAAAUCAAGCAGACAAGUGAUGAGGAUAAAGAAAAAUACCACUUAGGCGGUCAUAAGUUGAUCCAAAUUCUCCAAACUAACAUUACAAGAACUGUAUGGCAGACAGUAAGGAGAAUUAUUGAUGAGAUCUUGGGAGCUAAAAGGGUUUAGAUGCCCCAAGUGUCAUUUUCAUUGCUUCAUGUAAAGAGCAAAGGAGUCAAAAUUCGACAAUAUGUUGAUUUUUUCUUCUGUAUUUCAGUUUGCCAUUUUUAAAUUUGUUUUGGAGAGUUGCUUUUAAAAUGCGUAUAUGCUGACCUAAGUAAGAGGUGGUGUGUUUUUGGAAGGAGGAUCUCAACAUUUUUGCUGCUGGUUCAGUUGCAAGCUUAGCUACCACUAAAUCACAGCAUUUCUCUAACAACAGUGAACAAUAAUUAAUGAUUUUUUUUUUUGGUAGGUUUGAUGGAGAUUCCUCGGGAUUAAAAGAGAGAAGAAAGCCACCUGCAUUACCAGCUCAUGUACAUGAUGAAGAAGGUAAUUGUUAUGGAGAAGUUUAUUUUUCAUUAUUAUAAGGGUUUUAAAACAAUUUUAGUGUUCUCCUUCGUUUUAAGCAUGACUGGUAAAAGAAAUUCUUUGGAUGGUUGAAUUUUCAAGAAUAUCCAAGCAAUUAUAGACAGUAAUAAGAGGUGUGGUACUACUCCAGCAGUUGAAAGGAAGGGCAAAUAUUGGUAUCUGUAAACUAUACAUAAAGCUAACCCUGUCAAAAAUAAAUGUAUUCAUUGUUAUUAAGUGAUACUUCUAAGUAUACACUAAAAAGUGGAUGAGGUUGAAGGUGCAUUCUGAUUGGUUGCUACUCAAACUCUGAGUGUUCUUUUACUCUUCACCCCUAAGCAACUCUCGCUAGUGAAUAUUGUUACUGUUACAGGAAAAACUGAGUUGAAAUCAUUUUUUGGUGCUAUAUUAUCUCAUUGUUUCAGUAUUACUAAUAAAAACAACCAUUCACUUCUGUGUCGGUAGUUAGCAAUGAUGUUUACCUCACUGCUUUGCAGUCACCUUCAUUUCAGUGAAUAGUUGUCAACUAUCCAUCUGACUCUUGAUUAUGAUGAAAUAACUGUUAAUUAUUGUUUUCACCAAUGAAGCAGAAAGUGAUGAUGGCUGGGCAACUGAUGACUUUGACGAUGACCCUGAUGAAUUUGAAGAGGUAUAGAACAACUUGCUGUCAUUAACACUUAAACUAUUGAGACCCAACUCAUCAUACUCUUUCCUGUGUUCUGAUUUCCAUUGAGUGUUAAAACUGAUCCAGGAUUGCUUCUACCACUUCAUAACCAGUUAAACUCAAAUUUAAAUCCAAUUGAUUUAUGGUUACUUGACUGUGUUAUCCUGUGCAUGUUUCAGGCAGUUUGUUGGUUUUUAUGCUGUAUUCUUAUUGGCUCUGUGUGAUAUUUUCCCAUAUUCUUAUUGGCAUUGCAUGUGAUCACUUUUGCUGGUGUUGGUUUUGGAGGCACUUGAUCAAUCAAAAAGCACUUUGAAUGUAGUUAUUUGGUAUUUCUUGAGAUGAGAAAUUUUGCUAGUACUUUUCAUUGUUGAUUCCAGGGUACUGUUUGUUAGGAAAUAAUGCAUUGAAAAUUGUAAGGAUGAUGUUACUUGUUGAUCCUUCACGUUUGUCUUGCUAUUUGCAGGCCUUUUCCCAACACACCUAUAAGUCCCUACACUUCAUUUCACUAUCCUUGUAAUGCACUAAUUUGUGUCAGUGGUGAUGGUAAUUUGCUGAAGAUUAUCAGACAAGUGAUAUUGUCAAUGAAUUGAGUAUGAUUUGAACUGAACUACUGGUCAUUUAAUUUGUUAUCUUUCAGGAGGAAAGUGAUGAUGAAUCAGGAGGGGAGUACAUUGAAGCUGAAGAGAAUGAAAGCUUAAUUUCCUCUCCAGGUGAAUUCAUCAACAGUAAAUUUUUAUUAAUGGCCCUGCGACAAAGUGUUAACCAUUUCAUUCCCAAGAUCUCAUUAGAAGCUCUCCUUUCUGUCUGCCAUAGAAUAUUUAUGAUAUUGGUUUAGAGAGUUUAAUAUUGGAUCCAAAGGAUCUCCUAAUUGAUUGAUAAUCAUUUAAAACAUUGCUAGAUAUGGUUGUUAAUGGCCUAGCAUGAUAUUAUUGAUAAUGUGAUGCAAAUAAUUAUGUGGCAAAAUUGUUAGCAACUGGAUACAAAACUAUGGUGGACUCCAGGCCCAGGUUGUUUGAAGUUUGGAUAAUACUAUCCAGUGGGUAAAUCUCUAUGCAGUAGAUAAUGCUACGCGUUUUGCUAUCACUUAUCUGCUGGAUAGCAAUUUAUCCACUGGAUAGCGUUAUCUGCCCUUUAUACAACUGGGCCCUAGCCUGGGUUGUUCAAAGCUUGAUUAAGAUAACCCAGGGUUGGUGUGAAAUUUGAUUUCAGGUCUGAAAGCUUUAAAAGGAAAUUCAGGUUAAAUCUUUUUGCUUGCAAUUUGAUCAUUGGAUGCUCUUAAAAGAACAGGGGAUAUUUUCCCUCAGCUAAAAGGCUUUUGAAUAAAGAAAUAAAGAAACCUGCAUUAAAAUUAAUCCCUGGGUUAGUGCUAACAGGCCUUCAAACAACUGGGCCCAGUAGUACAUGUAACCUAGGCUCAGAAAAUUUUUGUAUGCUUGAUUAUUAAUUUUCAAGUGAUAAGUCUGUAAUAAUAAAAGAAAUCCUGAUAUCUGUUUCUCCUUCAGAGUCCCCAUCCAAGGAAGUCCCCAAAGUUCCAUUGGGUCUGGUAAGAAAAUGCAAACUCAUUAAUAAUAACUAAGUUAACAAAUGUUGAUGGCUAGAAGUAGUGAUUUAAAAUUUUUUUUUUUGAGGGGAAUGGCUGCCAUUCUCCGUUCUGAAUUCAUUUUUGUUAUUGAGAAGUUUUACUUUUCUGCUACACAAUAGGUUGCACAGCUAAAGGCUGGCUUAAAUGGAACUGUUGGAAGAGCACCAUGUAUAGUUCCUUCAGAAAUUCCUCGCACUAAGGUCAGAUAGUGUGCAAGCUGACAAUCAAUCAUGAUUGUGAAUUUUAUAAAAAUGACAAUCUCAGGUUUUUUGUUAUACAAAAUGGAAAUUAUAGUUAACCUUAUCAAUUUGUUUAAAUGUGUUUUUCCUUAGAUUAAUUGGUCAAUAUAGUUUCAUCAAGUUGUCUGGGUGAUAUUUAAGUCCUUAGACUGUUGUUGGUAGUGGUCACUGACAUUUCUAUAACUUACAGUGGAAUUCAUUGUCAGAAUCAUUGUCAUGAUUAGAGUACAGUGGCAAAAUUUCAGUUACUUUGAGUAGCAACAGCCCUCUUACAGACUACUCUUGCCUAAACAACAAGACUACAUGACUGACUGUUAUCUGUUACUCCUGACUUCAAAGCCUUUACAGAAUUGUAUUUUAUAGACAACAAGGAAGCCCAAUACCUGGUGGUUAGUCAGCUUGUCAGGCAUACCUUACAUGUAUCUAGAACUUACAGUGAACUACAAGAUAAUGUAAAAAACAGGUUCGACCCAUGAUCUUGUAUAACGGGUCAAAGGCAUAAAAAAUAUUUCCCAUCCAAUUGAAACACCCAAAGAUCUUCACUUCAUUUCAAAUAGCUGUCAGUAAUGCAGACAGCAAACUUCUGAUUCUUGCUGUUUUCUGUUAGACAAAGUGCUUUCUUUUAAUCCUACCACUUUUAUUAAUAAUUAAUAUUUAGAAUUAACUGACCUUGUCAGAUGUGAUUACUUUUGUACAGAACUUCUGAAAUCAUUCCCCUUGAUAGCUGUACAAAAAAAUCAGUUUGAAAUAUAAUAAAUAACUUAUAAUAAAAGCUUACACAUGCAUCAACUGGAAUGAUACAUGGUGAAAACUAUUAACUAUACUUUACCAAUGACUCUUUUGAACCUCAGUCUACAGUUUAUUUUAAAAUUGUCUAACUUUUAAGCAAAUCCUAGCUUUGAUAUUUUGAGGUAUUUGUGGAAUUUUUCCCUCGCUUAAGGAAGUAAAUUCUGAUUGGUGAACCAGUUUCAUUUUUGGAAAUAGUUGGAUGAUACAGAUAGUGUGGGGAUGAUAUAGGUCAUGUAAGAAUGUUUGACCAAUACUUCGCACACAAAAUGAAGAAUCAAUCUUGACUGGAAGGAAAUUUUUGAAGUGAAAAUUAUCAUUCCAAUUACUUUGCAUUUGAGGAUACUAGAUUCCUUGUUCCCUGUUAAUAUUAAAGAAAAGUUUGUUCAGGCAUGGUGAGAAAAAAUGUUAAACUUAUUGCCAUUUUAAGGUCUCUGCACACUAAAUGUAUCUUUAGGAAGAAUAUCAUUUUCUGCCAAUACUAGUGCAUAAAUAGUACUUUGUGCGAUUGUGUGAUUGUGUUACUGGUUGAUUUCAGCUGAAGCUGGCCGAAUCAAUGGUACUAAAAUAUAUAGCUUUUGAAGUUUGUGAGGAAACAAUCUUUACUUCAUAGUUAUUGUCAUCAUUUAUGUCAACAGACAACACCAAUGCCAUAUGAUGAUGACGAUGAUCAAAUAUAUGAUGAACCUCCUGAAGGUAUGUUGUGUUUUCAAGAGCCUGUCAAGUUUAUUGAAAAUUUCCUUGUAAUUUUUCUAAGCCAUUGAGAUGUAUAAAAAGCCUUUGGCCUUCAUCCAAUGUGAAAAAAUUCUGAAAAAGGCCCAGUCAUGUAACCUAUAUGUUAAUGUUUACGUGACAUUUUGACCAUAAUGUUUAAAUGUUUUGUUUUCUUUGUAGAAGUUUAUGAGGAACCAAGUGAUGAUUCAGGAUCAGGUUAAGAUACUUAAUUUUGAAGUAGUUUUGUUGGUUACUUAUUGAGCCUGGAUAUUGAGUUUAGGUAUUGAUGAUAAUUAUUGUUUAAAUAUGAACGUUUACAGGAAAAUUGAUCAACUAGAAUUCAGAGACCUUUGAGAAAUGAACUUUAGAUACAGUAAAAGUUACUGUAAAACAAAAUAUUUCCUUUGAUAAGAAUGUUGUUGUCUUUUUCUUUCCUAGUGAAAUAGAGUUGGUAGAUCACCAAGUGAACUUAAUAUAAAGGAUUACAUGAAAUAAAUUAUGUGUGAAAAAUUUCUUCUCUUUGAAGACUAGGAGCAAUGAAAGAUUACUCAAGUCAAGUUGUUCUUUUUGUAAUGAGAUAGAAAAACAAUUAUUGGUAAAAGAGAAAUCCAAUGUUAAGCAAUCUUUUAUAAUUUUGAAGGGUUGCUUAAUUAAAGUGAUCUUACUUUAAUUUGUUUUUGAAUUUAGGAAUUGUAGUACGUCCCCAGUGUCACAAGAAAAUAAUAAGAUGUGAUUCAAGUGAGGGAUAUAUUGAUGCAAGGGUAAGAAUCAAUACAAGAUAUUGUUCUAAUUGCAGAUAACUCCAAAUCAUUGGUCAUGAAAGAUGGACUCUGCUCCAAUAUGCUAUUUGUUAAGAAAAAUGUAAAUAGAUUUCUUAGCAGCCAAAUUUGGUAAAUGACUCACCUCUAUUUGGUAAUCUGAAGGGCUGCAUCUAGCUAGAUGUUGUUUCAGCCACAGAGGUGAUUUUAUUUUGAAUUUGGAAAAACAAAUUGAAAAAAACCAUCAGAAACUUUAAUCCGUUCCCAAUAAUUUGAUACAUGUAUAAAUUCUGCCUACAGUCUGUCAAACAUUUCCUUUACUACUGGCUCUUAGAAUUUACAGUGAUGAAUCAAUCAUUGUGCUGUAGCUGCUGUAGUUGAUAUUUUGAUUUCUCUUUGUGUCACCUUUCUGCCUGAUGAGAUUUCAAAAUUGUGAGGAGAGGUUACGUUUUGGUCACUCGUGUUAGUGAUAGAGUUAAAUAUGAUAUAUUUCAGACCCUCAUUUAAUGCUUGGCCCUUAGGAUUGACUAGCAUCUAAUGUCUCCUGGUGAUAUCUUCACCGCAUCACACACACUAAGGUCAUGAGAAUAAAGGAAAUGAUCAUCAAUUGAAUUAGAAGCUUUUGAUUUAUUAAAAGAAUUCUCUUUUCAUCAGCACAGAAAAUCUAUAGAAAACAGUAUUGAGAAUAUGGAUACUGAUAUUAGGAUGUAAAGACUUAACAGUAUGAGUUAAAUGAUGAAUGUGCCAGUUGGAGCAUUUCUUCAAUUGUGCAAUAAUUAGGAUUAUAUUUGAUGGGUGGAAUUAUUAAGAGUGUUUUUAAAAGCAAUGAGUUACUCAACUGUCUCACUAAUAUGACUUCCAUUCUUAUUUUAUCAGUCUACAUCAGUUAUUCCAGAAGAGCCAGGUAAUAUAAUUGUUUGGAAGUGAAUUCAUUACAACUUUAAAUUAAAAUAUAAUUAUUAAUUAUUAUAUAAUUUUUUUUCUGUAAAUCAUGCCUUUUAAAUUAAGUCCAGUUCAUUAUCUCAGUUCUUUUACUUCCAUGAAAAGUCUACAGCUACGAAUAAGGAAUGCCUCUUCUGAAUAUACAGGUCUUUCAAGCAAUUAGGAAAUUGAAAGGAGUACUGUCAGUCACUUAUAUAUUAAACAUCUUUAAUUUUUAAGUUACAAUAUUAUAAGGGGCUCCAAAACCAAUGCUGCUGUGAAAUCUCAUGAAACCAAAAGAUGUCAGGUCCAAAAAAUUUAUAGUAUUUGAUUUUAAUUUAAUAAGAUUGACAUUCUGGUCCAAAAGGUAGGCAUUUAGUCACUUAGUCUAAUUUUGUAAGUUACAAUCAUAUACAACUCCAUGCAGUCACUGAAUCUUGUGUAUAAGUCAGGUUUACCAGUAGACUAAUCCUGGUUUGUUUGGUUUUAUUUUCCCUCAGUUCAAUGUCCUCCUCCUGCCCCUGCCCGACCUCCAAAACCUGGAUUUUUAAAGGCUAAAAAGCCAGCACCAGUGAUACAACCAGAGCCAGUAAGAUAGAAUUUUGGUUGUAUUGGAUAGUUUUGUGCACUGGACUUUUUUUGUGAAACUUUUAAAUAAAUAGUCUCUUAACCAAAGGAAACUCUUCUUAUGAGUAUUUCUCUCAUUUUUUUCUCAAUUUACCUCAAAUUCUACAACAUGCAGGUUUUGCAAUGUGUUUGGUUUAGAGCUACAUGAGUGAUAAAUUCUUCUCUGCAUCUGUACAUUCAAUUUCUAUUCACCCAAGCCUCAGUUCUAAUCUGAAAUUUUGAACCAGUUUAGUGCACCUAAAUGUAUUGCAAAUGGACUAUUACCAUAAUGAAUUAAAACUAUCCACAGCACUACAAUAAUCAGGUUCAUAAUAUUGCUUGGAAAUCACAGACAGAUAAUUUGCAAGAAAACGGAUAAAGGAUUUGAAGGAAUUACCUCCCCAAGAAGACAACUGUCCAUACUGUUCAUUGUUUUGAGGAAGUUUUUUAUAUUCUUCCAAACAAUAUUAAUAGAGUUUGAAAGUACUGACAGAGGUAUUCACAAAAUGCCUCUGAAUUCUUUGGAGUAUAUAGGACUACAGGGGGUUUUUAGAGAUCCAAGAGCACAGUGCUACCCAAAAAUUUCUCAUCUAAACAUGAUUAUCAAGAGAGAUGGUUAGUUUCAAGUUUGGUUUUCAGAUAAAGAAAGAUGUCAAAUAUUGUCUCUAGUGUGUGAUUUUGUUAGUCUUAACUGACUACUCUUUGAGCCUUCAUUUCCAAUUUGUAAUACAGAGCAUUUCAAAUACUCUUUUAUUAAAUAAAUAUGCUUCAGUCUAGUUUUUAUUGCAAUUUUAGCUUUAAUAAUUAAUGUACAUCUAUGUUUGUACCUUUUCUUUUGGGCAUUAGGGAUUUUGUGAUACUUGUUUUGUAACACUUGAUAUUUAUUUUAUCUGUGAAAUAAAGACCAUCAUUAUUAUUGGUUAAUGGUAAUACAGUCAGGAUGUUUUUGACACUGCUGAUCCUAGCUGUAUGGAGUUGUGGGAAACUUGUUACAUGAGUAAGUUAGAAUUUAUGGCCAGGCUCACAAAAAAAUUUACUACCGACAGCUACAUGGCAGAGAAAUUUGAAAGCAAUGUGGCAAGGUCUGAGGUUUGCAUCUUGAUCAAGGACUCAGAUUUUUUAUUUGUCCUGUGUUUGUGACAAGAUCCCAUGUCAGUUCUGACAAGAAACAACAACUCUUUUCAAUUCAAUACCUAGUACUGCCCUAAGACAAACAUUUUAUUUGGGUUUGCAUCAGAUAUAUAAUGAAAUGAAAAUUAACUGUCAAAUUUUAAAUUUGAAUAAUCCAGGAAAUAUAUGAUGAGGUGCCAGAGGAUGAUGAACUUGGGAGAACACAAGUUGUGGAUCAGGAAACAUAUGAAGUCCCCGAUGACAUGGAAGGAGGCCAACAGUCUUCAAAACCAUCACAGUAUGAAGGAGAUGGUGAAACUUAUGAAGUACCUGAACAAGAGGACCAAGAGACGUACGAAGUGCCAGAGGAGUCAGGUAUAAUGAAAUGAUAAAUUGAACAGUACAUACAAGUUUUGAUUGGUGUUGAAACCAUUGCAGAUCAUAACAUAUGAUUAGAAUUGAGAAACAGUUGGUGGAAUGUUCUGUAUUUUCAAAGUUGGAUUAUUCUUGGUGAUACAAAUUUCAGUUCUUGGCUUCUGGAUUAUCAAUUCAAACCCUUACAGUGAGUUCAAAAUGCUUGUGCUCCAUUUUUCAUAGCCUUAGACAACAUGUUACAUUGAUGUCAUGAUCUAAACUGGUGACCUGCAUGUGGAAGAAUAUGAGAGUUAUUAUAAUUGUUAAUAAUAACAUUACAAUUAUUAUUAUUAAUAAUAAUUGUUACUAUUAUUAACAUUUAUUUGAAAGUUAAAAUUGAGAGGCCUCAUUUCACUUUACAGUCUGUGGUUUGCUGACUAGGAUCAGACCAUGUGAAAAGAGAUUUAAUUUGUGGUUACUAUUUUUUCAGUUAAUUUAAAUUCCUUUCAUUUUUUCUAAACUCAUUGUAAGCAAAUUGUAAAUCUGUUUGUGUAGCACCAUCACAGCCCCCUCCAAGACCAUCACUAGGAGGAUUUGGUUUAAAGCCUACAAAGAUGGGUACACCAGCUGAGAAAACAAAACCAAUAGUCCCUAAAGAUUUACCAAAACCAAAACCAGGUACUACUUUUAAUUUUAAAUCUAUUCCUCUUGUUUAAAACUUUCUAUAAAUUUUUAUCUUUUUUAUAUUAUAUAAUCCAAUUAAUAGUGCAGUGGACAUCCUUUUUGUCUAGUGAUACAACGGAAAACAGUUACACAUGUGGACAUUAUUCCAAGGUUUUGUUGAAAGGUUCCAAAAUAAGUCAAAAUUGUGUUGGUCUGGCAAGAAUGACCAUUUUUGCUCAGCUUUCUCUCUUUUCUGUUUUGUUGUACUUGUCUGUUUUAAACCAGUCAAACUUGAACAACAGUUAAUUAUGAAGUCAUAUUUUGCAUAUUUUCUGAUUCCUUUUUUGUUUUUUAGCAGAAUUAUUUUUAUAGGUGAAAUGCAUUGCUAGGAAAAGAACCAAGGGAUUUUUUUCGUAAUUGCUUAAAAGGCCAUUGUCGAAACUUUGUUUAUGACAAUUUUUUAACUCAAAGUUGUUCUUAUCUGGUGGAUACAAACAUUCACCAGAUGUCUGAAUUUGAUUGGAAAUUCUAUGAUGCUUUGUAUAUCCAUGCCAGAAAAAUCUCAUGACUGAUGUUUUCUCCAGAUGCACAAUUAUUUACAAGGUGGUUCCUCCACCUUUCUUGUUUGUCAGGAAUUAAACCUUCAUUAGCAUCUAAGCCCCAGGUCAACCAAAAGCCAAAUGCUCCUGGUCCUGUUAGAGGUACUCCCAAAAGAUCAUCGCGUCUGUAUCCAGCACCAAAAGAUAACACAGGUUAGAAUAUAAUGCUGUAAAAGAUUAGACAUGAACUAAAUGUACGAAUCAAAAUUGAAUUGUAGUUAAAAAUAAAUUUAUUUCUAUUUGUUUGAGGAUUAUAGUAAAUAAAUGUGUUUUAAAAAAGGAAGAUAGUUCAAACUGGGUUGAAAUAAUUUUGAAAUUUGAAAUUCAUUUUCAUACACUUAAACAAAAUGACUGUGAAUUUUGUGGUGUUUUAAGAACAUUGUUAAGAGGAUAGCAAACAUGUACUUGUAACAAUAUUUCAUAGGUCACAAAUUUAAAAGGGAAAACAUCAAAUCUCACCUCACCUUGCCUUUCUGUAAAAUUCAAAUGUUGCAUAUUAAUUUUGGGCUUAACCACACUAUAGGAAAACCCUUUGCUACCCCAUGUUUAGGUAACGACAGUUGAACAUUGAGGCUGAAAUACUGUGUUUUUUACUGAUUAAAGUGUUUUCAAUUAUUCAAUUAAUACAGUAAAAAAAACAUGAUUAUAAAUCUUUGUUUGUUUUCAUAAGCUCCUCCUGAUUCACCACCAAAAAGGCUCUUUGGGUUACCUUUGCCAGGUUCACGACCCCCCAUGGCUACUCCAUCACAAGAACCUGAGAAAAACAACAACGAAAUCCCUCAAGCAAAGCCAUCAUCAAGGUUAGUGCCCAACUCAAACAAAGACUAGAAAUCAAAAAUUUUUUUUUUAAAUACAAGUAGUAAUGCUGAAUGUAAUCCUGCUUGGUUCACACUAUGAAGACAGGUGUGUAUACACCUCCAGACCUAGGGAAUCACCAGUGUAUGACACUUCCAGGACCAUUCAUUUUUGGAUCUUUAAAUGCAGUCUUAAAAUCUUAAAAGCCCCUUAGGUUGGGUCACAAAGUUUUCUUCUUGCAAAUUAAUGUCGUAUUUGAAUUUGGAAUUCAACUCAUUACUGAUUUCAAAGAACCUUAAAUUUGUUCUUCAUUUAAGUGACCUGGUUCAAAUAUUUAUCAUUACUCUGUGUGCAAAUGAAAGAAACAUUUGAGACUUCAUCAAUUAUGUUCAGCAAAUUUUUUAUGUUGGUAUACUCCAGGUGCCAGUUUUUAGCCACCAAACAUUUAUUAGAAUGAAAAGGACUGUUAGAGUAAACUUCAUGGUAAACUUGCUUGCCAGUUGCUUUUCAGUAAAUUAGUCCCACCUCAAACUCCUUCUUGGGAGGAUCUAAGUUAGCACCAGGAAACCUAGAGGAAAUCAAACCCAACUUUAUUGCCAUGCAAUUGAAUUUCUCCUAAUCCUAAAGAAAUUAACACCUUCUAACCUUAAACAGGUUACCAGCUCCAAACAGUCGCCAACCAGCCCCUCCCCCAGUGGAGGAUACACCACCUCCCCCUCCUAGACCUGGUGCUAAGGUGAGUCUAAAAAGUUCAAGUGAGUCAGAAGUGUCUUUCAGCUUGUGGGAGAAAUUAAAUGUAUGGAGUUCCUAUAUUUGAUCCAAGGAGCUCUGAAAGACAUUUGUCUACUUUUUAACCAGUAAAGAGUAAGAUGAUGUGACUUUGGUUGUGUAAUCUUCAGCUAUCAUCGAGUUCACUCUUUUAGCUUCCCAUUUAUUUAUUUAUUUUUUACAUAUCUAUCAUGUUCAGCCUCAUCCAAUAAUUGUUUAAUGUUAUGGUGGUGGACUCUAGACAAACCCAAAAACUUGUAGCUUUUCAGUUGUAAUAGUUCAGUGUUAUCAUCUUUGUAUUUGAUGAUGUUUUCUUCAUGCCCCUCUUCGUUUUUCUCUUUAAUUUGUUUAUUUGUAUAUUUACAGCCUACUUUGAAGCCAUCAAGAUUGAGGUUUGUUGGACACAAAUACUUUAACCCCUAAGAUUGAGCAGCAUCUAAUUCCUCCAUGCAGGAUCACCCCUGAAUGUAACAUUGAGGUUGUGGGAAUAUAGAAAAUGACCACAAUCUCAGGAAGCUCUUGAUUGUUAAACAAAUUUCCCCGUCAGUACCCUAGGAAAUUUAUAGAAGGCAUUAUGGAGAAUAUGUACCUUAAUGUAAGGCUGUAGUGGAUUCAAGUUAAAUGGCAGGGUAGAUAUGAAAUCAUCAAAUUUUAAGUCUUACAAAACGCCUAAUUUCCUUUCUAAAUCUUACUUUAAGACGGUUCCUUUUCUGGUUCCUUUGAUCGAUCUCCUGAACUGAUGUCAACAUUGAUGGGUGUCACACAGAUGACUUGCGCAAGACAUUCACAAAACGAAUUAACAGACCAGAACAAGCUAACUUUACUGAGGGAUUGAAGGCAACUUGACUGUGCAACUUGAGUCUUACAAACAAAACAUCAUAACGAAAGCCCUCUCAAACCAGACUCAGAACACUCAACUUAUCACUUAACUCUGAUGAUCACGUCCGCCAAGUGCGUCAAAAUCGUAGCCACCACUGCCAACAACAGUCCUACUAAAUGUUCCUCGUCUUACUGCUUUUCCUUAAAGAUUACAUUAUCUGACCUUUCGUGUUCUCACUUUUUCACCCUCCAGUUAUAUGAGAAAGAAUUUUUUGUGUGGAAUUAGUUUAUAGUCAUGAGUAGCAUCUUAAAGGAUCUAUUUGUAGCUACGUAAUUUUUAGCCGUCAUGUUCUGACUAAAUUGGCCCUUUCAUUUUAGUAAAUUAUGCAUAGUUUGAUUAUCUCUCUCUCUGUUUGUUUUUUUUUUUAAGCAGGGUAAGCAGUCCACUACUCCUAUUUUGAAAGUGAUUGAAUAGUUGUUGGUUAUGUGUUAUUUUCAUUCUGUAUUUCUUAUAUUAUUUUUGCAGUGAUUUAGAUUCCCAAAGGAAAUCUCAGGCUCUUCCUUCACUGCCAGACCAGAAGGUAAACUAAAUGGGUUAAUUAGCUCAUCUACGGGUGUCCUUUUCUUUUCAAAUACUUUGUAAGUUUUCAGUUAUACACAUCUUGCUCUUUGUUUUUUUUUCAGCCUGCUGAUUCGCUGAAGCAAUAUCCCUGGUUUCUUGGCCCGUUGGACAAAAAAGUAGCCGAAAACGCCUUGAACUCAUUUUCUAAGGUCUGCUUUUCAGCUUUUUAUUCCUUUCUUCUAAGCUUUCCUCAUUUCCAUUUUUUGCCUUUGUUGACUGCGGCAGUAAAUCAUUUAGUCAUUCAGUUGGGCAGUCAGAUAUUCACUCACUCACUCACUCACUAACAUAGUUACUAAGUCAAUCAACCACAACACGUAAGCAAUCAUUUGUCUAUCCUUUCUGAUCAUUUUACAAACAAUCGCUGUCGUUCCUAAGGCUUGACAUCUGUUUUUCGUCACAGGAAGGAGCAUUUAUUGUGCGCAACAGCUCAAAAGAUCCUAAUAGCUAUUCAAUGUCGUUGUAUUUCAACAGAAGUGUACGGCACCUGAGGUGAGUGAGCACAUAUGCAGUAGUACCAGCACUCUUAUGUGUUGGCAUGAUAAGGAACAGGCAGAUUUGUUUCAGCUACAGAAUGCAGGAAAAUUAAUAGAGACAAAGGAACUAGCUCUUCACAGUCGUUGCCAUUGUAUUCAAAUUUUCUCGUGAGUGACUUAGAACCAGAGUGAUAUAGUUUUCUUAUCGAAACUCUAAUACCAAACUUAUGCUGUUCGUUUUUUCAUCUUUUGCUAGAAUACCUCGGCUUCAAAAUAGGAAAUAUGUUCUUGGAGACAGUGGAAAAGUGGUAAGGAAGCACUUAAUGGGUGAUGAACACGCCAAAGGAAAAUUAACAAUAAUUGAGUUGCAGACAGUGGACCGACAAUUGAUUGGCUCACGUACCACUGAACCGACUGAGUAUUAACUGGGUAUUUGGUAUCAUCAGCUGAGUGGAUAACACCAUAUUCCCGCCAAUAGCUUCGCUGUAUUCUCUGCAUUUAAACGCACACACAACCCACAAUUCCUCCAUUCGUUCUGACGAAGGGCUAACGCUCGAAACGUCAGCUUUCAAACUCUUAAUGGUGGCCAAUGUACGUUAUCAACUCAGUUGAUAAAACCAAAUUUCCUUGUUAUACUCUCCACCAACGCAGCUUAAAACCUUAAAACUUACCCCCUUUAUUGAAUAUUAACUAACCACUUGGGUGACUGAUUGACUCACUAAUUGAAAGUUAACUGAUGACUGUCCAACUGGCUGAUUGACUGACUGACUGGCCGGUAGAACGACCGACUGACUGACUGGCUGGUCGAAUGGCUGACUGAUUGACUAACUGACCGGCUGUUUGAAUGGCUGACUGACUGACUGACUGGUCUGACUGGCCAAAUGACCAGCCGACCACCCAACGAACAAAGCGAUCUACUUGCUGAACAGCAUGGCUCACCGGCUGAAUGAUAACUGACUCUUUUAGCAAGUAAAUGACCAUAGGUGACAGAGCUUACGCACCGAAGAGGCUAUCUUCUGCCUGACUGACGAAGUAAUCAACUGACCGGCCAAUUGAUCGACCGACUGAGUUAGGUACUAGUCUCCUUAUUGACUUACGCGGACGGAUUGGUGGGCAGACAGACAGAAAGAUAUAGGGACUAUCACGCCUCUAUGAAGCACAUUGAAUGGACGAUUUACUCUUUCUAUACAGCAGUUUUUAUUGAGCGAUUUAUUGAUCGAGUCGGAGCGAAUGUUGACACCUUUGUUAGCCAAUCAGAACUCCAACGCGGGAAAGCGCAAGCGACCAAGUCGCGAUUGGUUUCCGUUUUGAAUCUGAUUGGUUCUGAAAGUGGCGUGACUUUUGUGGACCAACCACAUAACGAAGUAAAGCAAAACCAAACAAUUAAGGAUUACCUUUGAGACUCAAUCGAAGAUUGCCCGUUUUUAUUGAUUGAUUGAUGGAUUGAUUGAUUGAUUGAUAAGACGUGUAUAUACUCCAUAUUGAUCCUCUGAUCUGUUGAUACAUUGUUGUUACUUCCUGCAGCAAUUUGAUACCAUAGUGGAAUUAGUCGACUACUACAGUCAGCAUCAUGUUGAUCUCAGGUCAGGAGGGUCCACGUCUCUUACUGCUGCUUGUCCAGUCAAAUAAUUUGAAUCAGAGACGUACUCCAAUUGUUUCUUCUGUCCUUGCAAUUUUCUGGCUGAACAGCUUCCAUGGAAAGUACAGCUCUUUGGAUGGCAAGUGUUUGGAUAGUUAUGAACUUAAACUAUCAACGAAACUUAUUUUGCACCGUUAUUGAAAUAGUCUUAAAUUAUGAUGGAAUCGGCUUUGGAUUGCUGAUGGUUUCCUGCCUCUUUUAUCAGAUUGUUGGAAAAUGAAUCGGAGCCAAUCUAUUCUGAACCUUCGUUUAGAUAUGUCUUUUUGGUUUUCAUUUGCCAUUGUUAAAGUUGAUUGUUCAUUUUGGAGAUGUAACUUGUUAUUGAUAAUUCUCUGCUAAUUUUAAGAAGAACGAAAAGUGCAAUAUUUUAGAUUUUUGCCUCAUGAGGGAAUUCAUUAGUUCUCAUUAGAAAAGUCUAGUUUUAAGUGGUUAGUUUCAUGUUGACGUCUACUCUGCCCUGUUUUGCUUUCUGGAUAAAAUGUGAAAUUAAUCACACAAAUACGUUUGGAGAAACAGCGUGUUUUUGCUUGAAUUCAACGUAAUGACAAUAGUAAUACGAGUUAAUUAGCACUAGGAAAGAAAAUGGAUUAAGUAGAAUACCUGAGUAAGAUUUCAGGUUGAGUACUUUAAAACGAGAAGUAUAUUUUAUAGUUAAAUUGUUAAAGAAAAUUGAGGCUCUAAGGUAUAGCCUACUAAUCGAUUGUGAAGUACUUAAUAAGUAAUGGCCACAGUAGCGUGUAACGAGCAUGUUGCCCAAAUUUUGCUAUUGCUGGCUAUUACACUCGUUCAUCGCUGCUCUGAGCAAUUUGAGGUUGUUUUGUUCUCAGCCAGUCAAAUUAUCCAACUUCAAACGUGGAUUAUUGUACGGGACUUUUCCCGCUUUUUUUGAACGAGAAUACACCUGUUUAAAUAGUAACCCGAGUCCUACUGUUAUAUCUAAGGUGAAGCCAGCCAUUUUAAAAGUAAAUGUACAUUUUUUUUUAAGUCUUAAAUAUUUUUGAUGGUUUCGCUUUUGAUAUAAAAGGGCAAUGAAAUUUUUCAAUCUUUAAUAUUAGUAUAUCGCAUUGAAAAUGCCAAUCAUUUUGACGGUGAACGAUUAUGAUUUAUGUUCACCAUAAAAAAAUAUACACAGUUUUGCGACAGUUUCUAAUGAUUUCAAGGCAUGAAACUCAAAUUCUGUAUUUAUUUUAGUUUUUUUUAUUACAGAUAACUUCCUCGGGAAGAUACGAAAAGCAAAUAAGUAUGCAAACUUCAAAAUUGACGAAACUCUGAUUUUUUAGAGAAAAAAAUAAUUUUCAAUCACGUGUAUUCCCUCAUUCUGGCAGCAUUUUAUAUUUUCAUAACGAAAGUCGAUAUGUAAAAAGACAUUAAUGAACGCUAUGUUGGUUAUAUCGAUAAAAUAUGAUAUUUUAACAGUUAAGGGAUCCAUGUAGAUAUAUUUGUAACCGCAAUAUUUAGAUAUUUUAGUUUAGUAUUAACACAUGUUUAUAUUAAUUUUCGAAAUGAAUUAUUUCCUUACAAAGUUUGUGUCUGGAGGGAACACGUUGUGUG